GUCCGACUCCUGCUCUUCUUGGAGCAGUUUUUGCUAGCUCACUUUACCGCCUUUCGGUUGUCACUAAACGCCUCAAUAACGUGUAAUUAACCCGGCGAAAACCGUCGUUUCCGCUGCUGUGAAUUCAGCUACGCGGCUUGAGAUUAGCAGAACGGCUUCAACAUCCUCCCGGGGAUGUUGCCAUUACACCGCUGUAAUGUAACGUUACACACAUGGCUUUUCUUACUGCAUUUCUGCAGCUGAUACUUUGGCCACUUGGACAUAGUUUGAAACCGUUGAAGGCUGCAGAGAUUUACUUUGUUUGUUACUUAUAAGUCACGCUACAGAAGUGAGGAGAGCUCACCAAGGCUGCAAAUGUUAACGUAAACUAAGGACAUUUACUGCUGCCAAAAGGAGGAUGAUGACGAUGAUGAUGGGAGGAGGCCGCGGCCGAAGGUGCAGCCCUCGCUAGAAUCAUACUUUCUCCCCCAACUUCACCCCUCCACAAUCCAUCCACUACUGCCGUCCCUCCUCCCAGCGCCAUGGCCAACCAUCUGGAGCUGAUCCAGGAGCUGCAGCAGCUGGACAAGGUACCCAGCCUGGAGAGGCUGCGGGCGGCCCAGAAGAGGCGUACCCAGCAGCUGAAAAGAUGGGCUGUGUACGAGAAGGAGAUGCAAAACAAGAAGCGAAAGGCCGACAAGAAGGGACGCAAUGCCAACAACCUCCAUCAAGCAGAGUCCAAGAGGCAUGUGUCGUUUGCCGCCAGUGUGGCACUUCUGGAGGCGUCGGCCAGGAAUGAUCCAGAUGAAGUGCGCUACCUGCUGAAGAACAAUGUGAGUCCAGACCUCUGCAAUGAAGACGGCCUCACCGCCCUGCAUCAGUGUUGUAUAGAUAACUAUGAGGAGAUGGUGAAGAUCCUGCUGGACCGAGGAGCCAGCGUCAACGCUCAGGACAACGAGCUGUGGACGCCUCUGCACGCCGCUGCUACCUGUGGCCACGCAGGACUGGUCAGGAUACUCAUUUCACACGGUGCAGAUUUGCUGGCGGUCAACUCCGAUGGGAACAUGCCAUACGAUCUGUGUGAAGACGACCCAACGCUAGACAUCAUCGAGACGGCUAUGGCCAACAGAGGCAUCACCCAGGAGAUGAUCAACGAGACACGAGCGUCAACAGAGAGAAGGAUGCUGGGAGACAUUCAGGAACUGCUGAGUCGGGGAGAGGAGGUCAACCAACAGGACUCUCAGGGAGCCACGCUGCUCCACAUCACAGCAGCAAGUGGCUACGUGCAGGCUGCAGAGCUGCUGCUGGAGGGGGGGGCUCGCAUGGAUCUGAGAGACUCGGAUGGAUGGCAGCCUCUUCACGCUGCAGCGUGUUGGGGUCAGAUGCAUGUGGCAGAGCUGUUGGUGUCUCAUGGAGCCAGUCUCAAUGCCAAGACCUUCCUAGAUGAGACCCCCAUCGAUCUGUGUGAGGAUGAGGAGUUCAGAGCCAUCCUGCUGGACCUGAAACACAAACACGACAUUAUCAUGAAGUCACAGCUCAAACACAAGACCUCACUGUGCAGGCGAACGUCUAGUGCAGGGAGUCGUGGGAAAGUGGUUCGGCGAGCCAGCCUGUCGGACAGGCAUAACUUGUGUCGGAAAGAGUACGAGACGGAGGCCAUCGUGUGGAGGGGAGGGAGGGAGGAGCAGGAUGAAAAAGAGAAAGAAUCUGAUCAGGAGAAUAACCAGGUGGUUACAGUCAAGCCAGUCAUAGCUGUGGAGCUGCCAGACACGCCCAAGCUGCCCACCAUCCUCAAAGAUGGCAGCAGCAAGCAGAACGGGCUCAUCUCCACGAUGACGUCCACGCCGCCGCAAGCGCCCUCUAAUGGUAACACGGCAUCGAUUGAUUCCUCCACUCAGGAGGAAGCCUGUCCGAGGGAGCACGCUCUGACUCUGUCUGAGCUCAAGAAACAGAGGUCCGCCGCCAAAUUGUUGAAUCACCCCUUGUUCAACGGUCACCUAGGUAACGGCUCCACAGACUCCUUCACUGAUGCCAAAAACAACUCCGAGGACCCCCGCAUGCCGCUGGUCUCCUCCAAUGGGAACGCGGUUUACUACACGCCAGCCAGUGGCGACCCACCCCUCCUCAAACUGAAACAGCCAAUAGAGGAAGAGCAGCCGAAGGCGCAAACCUGCUGCUGCGUGUCAUAGCACAGCACCCUGGUCACUUGACUGGUGACGGAACAGUGUUUGCACAGAGAAGCAAGGAAUGUGCUGUAAGAGUGAGGAGAGGAAGUAAGGAAGGAAAGAAAGUGUGUUCCUGUCUUUUAACAUCCUUUUCCUCCACGUCUUUAAACUUCUCUCAGAGAAUAUGGCUGGCCUAAAGAAAGGUUUAGAAAUGUAUCCUUGUACCUCCCUACCAUUAGACUCCUGCUACAAUAGGAGACACAUUCCCCAAACGCAGACGUGUUUCAAGUGUAGCAGAGAAGAAAAAAGGAACUGGGCAGUGUCACUUGGAUUAAAAUUCCUUUUCUUAAAUGGAGUCUAUCUCCAAGACAAAUGGAUGGAAAGAGUGCAAGAAGCUGUGACUCUGGCCCUGCUGUCCCCAGUUCACCAUUAUAAGAAUCAAAUUGUCGACGCAUUUUAUGAAAGCUUUUCACAGGGAAAGGGUCGAAAAGUUUGAAUCAGGAAAGUAGAGAAGAUCUCAAGGUACAAGGUGCAUGUUCUGCCCUCAGAGAUGAGUUUUUUUUUCUACCUUACAUGUGGAUGGUUAUCAUGUAAUUAAACAUUUUCUUCAAGACAAACUGACAUUGUUGUCAAACCACAAUAUUCUUGUUUUCAAAUGUGCAGGAAGGCCAUCAAAGAACGGUCCACAGAUGUAUCGCAUUACAUCACGUUGUACUACAACAUAUCAGAAACAGUGAAACGUAGCAAAAAGAGAUCUGUGACGUCUCUUAUGAAGUAUCUGUCAUGUUAAAAUGCUGCCUGCGUAAGUAAAGUGAAGGAAUGCCAUGAAUCAGUGGUAAAGCAGUCAGGAAGUGUACUUCUACAGCGAGAGAUAACAGAAAAGAGUAUAGUUCUGCACUAGUGUUUGAAACUGUCACUAUAUUCUGUCAACUAUAGUUCACCUCACCGUCCUCUCAUAUCAAGCCUGAACUGACAGCUCUGUUUUAUGCAUAACCCUCUUUGUGCUCUCUCGUUUAGGUAAUUUAAGCAAACAUGGUUUAAAAAUGACUGUACAUUUCUUUAUUUAUGAAAUGAAUGCAAUGUGUUAAAAACAAACAAAAAAAAAAAAACAUUAUGGUUCCUUAAGUUGAGUGUAUUUAUUAUUUUGGAUGGUGUGUGGAGAGAGUGAAUGCAAUAUAAGAUGAGCUGGGGAGUCUUCCAGCAAAGCACCUUCUGACAUGGAACUGAUAAGUGAAGUAAGGGUUACUGUCUGCUAAGUGUACAUGUUAUUAAAAUCACACAAACAAGCCAUCCUAUAUUGGACAUUUGUGUCACUACAAAUGACAUUGUUAUUUGUUCAUGUUUUGGGUUGUUUUUUUCUUCUGGUGGCCAUUGUGUGGCUUUGUCUUCUCCCAGUCACUGUAUAUGUUUCAUUAACAGAAAUUGUAAAUGUCAUGUAAUGUAUUACUGUAAGUAUAGUAUGGUAUGGUAGUAUGCUUGCCUCAGUUAAAAAAAACAAGAGAAAAAAACAUUUAUCCACUCAUGGAUUUGGCAGUCUCUGAAGCGAGCCCACACCAUUGUAUCAGGUGCACUUAAACGCAUCAUGGCUUCAACAUAAAAUAUAAAAAACUACUAGAAAAAAAAGGUACUAGAAUGAGCUUCUCUGCUUAAUUGAAGAAAUAGUUGACAGGUUAGUUGAGAAGAUCGAUAGCACUCAUUUAUGUACGCUAAAAGCUGAAGCUGGAGCCAGCAGCUGGUUAGCUUAGCGCUGCCUACCAGCACCAAACUAUUUUUUUGGCCAUUGACUUUGAUUAAGUAACUUCCUGGUUCGAUAUCAGUCCGGCACAUAACCUGUUGGAAAACCACAAUGUUUUUGGUUUUAGUACAGACUAAACAAACGAGAUACAAGGUGUUAACUGAUCUUUUUCACAGCACAUACAGUAUUUUGACUCAUCAUAGCAGGAAAGGCACAGAUGAAACUUCUAACACCAACAAUGGCUUUGUUCCAUUAAGUGUACCAGGAAGUCUCUCCAGUGAGCCAAGGUGUACAAUACCCAACCUGGCUCACCUAAAUCUUAAUGGAAUACAUCCAUCAUUGUUAUUAAUUACACGUGUGCCUUUUCUGCUUUGACAUGACAAAAUGCCUGUUGUGAAAAAGUGAGCUUUUACCCAUGCUGGUAGGCAGAUUUUUGUUUUGCAGAGCCAGGCUAGCUGUUUCCCCUGAUUCCCGUUUUUCCAGCUUCAUAUAUUUAACACACAGAUAUGAGUGUGGUAUCAAUCUCAUCUAAUUCUCAGCAAGAAAGUGGAUAAAUAUAUUUCCCAAAAAAUUUAACUCAACAUUCUACUUUUUCUUUAAUCUCCUUGUGAGUGCCAAAGAGUCAUCCAUGAAUAAAACAAUUUAUGAGGACAUUUUAAACUGUGGGGGAAGACUUUCUUUGCUGUUAUGGUGAUUUGUUUGUUUCUGAUGUCCAACCCCUUUAAACAUUGGAUCACCCACAAUGCCACUACCACUUUAUCCCCACAACUUCAACUGUACAGUGUCAAAUAUUUUGUACAGAUGCAUUUGUAAAUAUGUUUGUAUAAGUAUGUCCUUAUCUGGUCCCAUGAACUGCAUUUACAUGUCUGUGUUGUUACUGUUGAAGAAAAAUACAAUUAACCACAUUGAUGAACAGUGUUAGUAGAGAUGUGGUUGUCGAGGGGGAAACUGAGUCUAUUUAGACCCCCUCAGUAGUCCAACAGUCUAAAAUCUAUCUGGAAAGUCGAGUGCACCGAGGUGUCAUCAUCAUACUUAGUAUGUUUCUUCCUUCUGUUGCGGUGACCAGCGUCUGUGGUCUUUUUCUGCAAAUGUCAGUUUUUUUAUGUUAAGUUCUCAUAAGAAGAAGUUUGUUUUUUUUAACUCAAUUUGAGGAAGUACAAACUAAGUCACAUUCAAAGAGAUUGCUAUAUCCUCUAUUUUUGGUUCCUUCUUUUUUUUUUUUUUUUUUUUUUUAAAAGAAGUGUCUAAAGGCAGUGACAUCAUCUUGUUAUGAGUCAGCUUAAACUCACUGGAGUUCCUCCAAGUUUGCGUUUAUCCAAGCUGCUGCAAUCAAUGCAAUUUACAUGUCAGUUCUGCUUCCUUAUUAAUUAAUGAAAUCCAGAUACAUCCAAUUGUAAUUUUGAGCUACGACCUGGUCAGUAUUAGCCACGACAGUCAGCUGUUAAAAAUAACCCUGUGUCCUCAUGGUAUAUCUAUAUCAAAGCUUGUGUUUGUCUGCAAGCCUUGUUGCCUAUAACAAUAAGAUUAUAAAGAUGGAAAAACUACUGAUUUUGUAAUUACUGGAAUAUUGAUGGUUGCAUUAACAUAUUUUGAAUAAAUUGUAUAUUUUGAGAAUUUUA